AAAAAAACCAGGUCGGGUUUCGGGUUUGGUUUUCUAAUCUCUCUCUCUCUCUCUCUCUUCUUCCUCCUCGGCAGGCAAACCGUUGUUUUGAUCUCGCGGCCAUUUUGUGGGGAUUUUGUUUCGUUCUUAGACAAAGGCUGCUAUGGCUGCAUCAGAGGAGAACAGCGCUCUCUUUCCCAUCUUCAUCUUAACUGUAAUGGCACUUCCUUUAGUGCCUUAUACAAUCGUGAAGUUAUGCCGUGCGGCUUCAAGAAAAGCAAAGAUCAUUCAUUGUCAGUGUUCUGAAUGUUCACGUUCAGGAAAAUACCGCAAAUCCAUAUUUAAAAGGAUCUCGAACUUCUUGACAUGUAGCAAUAUGACACUUUUGUUACUUUGGGUUAUCAUGGGGAUUUUGGUUUAUUACAUCAAACAUAUAAACCGUGAGAUACAACCAUUUGAGCCAUUUAACAUUCUUGGAUUGGAGUCUGGAGCUUCAGAUUCGGAAAUAAAGAAGGCAUAUAGGAAACUUUCCAUCCUUUACCAUCCUGAUAAAAAUCCUGAUCCAGAGGCCCACAAAUAUUUUGUUGAGUUCAUAUCCAAAGCAUAUCAGGCUCUGACAGAUCCUGUAUCUCGGGAAAAUUAUGAAAAGUAUGGCCAUCCAGACGGACGCCAGGGACUUCAAAUGGGAAUCGCUUUACCUCAGUUUUUACUGAAUAUUGAUGGAGCAUCUGGUGGGGUGCUUCUGCUCGGGAUAGUUGGAGUUUGCAUUCUAUUGCCAUUGAUGAUUGCUGUUAUAUAUCUCUCAAGGUCAUCAAAGUAUACCGGGAAUUAUGUCAUGCAUCAAACUUUAUCCACCUACUAUUAUUUUAUGAAACCUUCAUUAGCUCCAAGCAAGGUUAUGGACGUCUUCAUUAAGGCUGCGGAAUACAUGGAAAUGCCAGUUCGUAGAAGCGACGAUGAACCCCUUCAGAAGCUGUUUUUUGCUGUCCGAAGCGAGUUGAAUCUGGACCUUAAAAAUAUUAAGACAGAACAAGCAAAGUUUUGGAAGCAACAUCCAUCUUUGGUUAAGAUGGAAUUAUUGAUUCAGGCCCAUUUAACUCGUGAAUCAGCUGCCCUUUCUCCUGCUCUAAUGAGUGAUUUCAGGCGUAUGCUAGAACUUGCACCCCGCCUUCUUGAAGAGCUGUUGAAGAUAGCUGUAUUACCACGUAAUCCUCAUGGGUAUGGAUGGCUAAGGCCUGCAAUUGGGGUGGUUGAGCUCUCUCAGUGUAUUAUCCAGGCAGUCCCUCUAAGCGCGAGAAAAGCAACUGGAGGAAAUCCAGAAGGCAUUGCUCCGUUUCUGCAACUUCCCCAUUUCAGUGAGACUAUUCUCAAAAAGAUUGCUCGCAAGAAAGUUCGCUCAUUUCAAGAGCUGCGAGACAUGAGCCCUGAGGAUCGGGCUGAGCUUCUGACCCAGACUGCUGGUCUUUCGGCUGCUGAAGCACAUGAUGUGGAGCUCGUGCUUGCCAUGAUCCCGUCCAUCACGGUAGACAUCACGUGUGAAACCGAAGGGGAAGAAGGCAUCCAAGAGGGUGACAUAGUGACAAUGUAUGCCUGGGUUACCCUCAAGCGUGGCAAUGGUCUUGUGGGCGCCCUUCCCCACACCCCCUACUAUCCCUUCCCCAAGGAAGAGAACCUGUGGUUGUUCCUUGCCGACCCUGCCUCUAAUGAUGUGUGGCUGUCACAGAAGGUGAGCUUCAUGGAUGAACCAGCAGCAAUCACAGCAGCGUCGAAAGCAAUCCAGGAGACAAAAGAAGGUCUGGGGGCGAGCUUGAAAGAGAUAGGGAAUGCUGUGAGAGAAGCAGUGGAGAAGGUGAAAGCUGGUUCUCGGUUGGUGAUGGGCAAGUUUCAGGCCCCUGCCGAGGGGAGUUACAACCUCUGCUCCUACUGCUUGUGUGACGCGUGGAUAGGGUGUGACAAGAAGACCAACUUGAAACUGAAGGUGUUGAAAAGGAGCAGGGCCGGGACCAGAGGAGCCCAUGCAGCCGAAGAAGGGCCUGUUACAGAGGAGCGUGUGGAGGAAGAGGAUGAAGAGGAAGAAGAGGAUUAUGAUGAAGACUAUGAGAGUGAAUACAGUGAGGAUGAAGAGGAUGACAAGAAUAAGAAGAACAAUAACAAGGGCAAGGUGGUGGUGGUUAAUGGUAAGGCCAAGGGGAGAGAUGGUUCAGCCACUGCUAGUGAGGAUGAUGGUUCUGAAUCUGAUGAGGAAUAGAGUUUUAUCUAUUUGAUUUGAAAACUUUUUGCUAUUGCUCUGUUGUUUGUUCCAUCAUGAUAAUUUUUUUUUCCUUUGUUCUAUUUCCAGCACCAAUCAUUUUAAUAUAAGCGUAGUCAGACAAAAGCAUCAUAACAAUGAAAAUUGCUCACUGAAUAAUGACUUUGUUGCCGAUGACCAAAUGGUCUAUAUUUGGUCUAUUGGUAUACGGGUCACCGAUAGAAUUUUUUACCAAAUGGUGAGAGUUUGAUUUUCGAUUAAA